AUGCUUAUGGAUAAUGAUAAAAAUAUAAAAAACUUCUUUCCUGAAUCCCUAAGAAAUGAGAAAAUCUCUAUAAUCUCAACUUCAUCUACUACUGAAAUUAAAUAUAACUUCAAAUUAAGACUGAUUGACCUAAGCCAUAAGAAUUGUAAACUUGGAUGGCUUAAAUGCUACGAUAGAAAAGAUAGAAAUUUAUGGGAAAAGGAAAAACAGUUUUAUUAUGAUAUCGCACUACGAAAUUGGCAUAUAAGUAAUAUUGUGGAAUGCAUUUGGUUUGAAGGUGGUAAUAAAUAUAAAGUACAAGAUGGUGAAAGAUUUGGAGCAGAAAUACACAAUAGAUUAUUGAUAUGUUAUGCAUUACCUGGCGAAGAUAUAGGAAUAUUAAGUGACUUAAUCUCCAGUCAAUCCGAUUUUUUAACGCCAGAAAGUGUUAUCCAAAUCGUUAAGGAUAUCGAGGUUGCUUUCAAUUCAUUGAAAUUUCAUUCAAUUAUCUACGGUAAUAUCCAUAUGGACGCUAUAUUCAUAGCACUACUGAGCCAGGGAAAGAAAAUUACUGCUCUUUUAGGUGACUUUUCAUCUACACAAAUAUUCGAUGAUGCUAUGCCAUAUCCAAAUUUUGCUGAUUUACAGAUGAAUGAUUAUAGCAACAUGAAGCAGUUGUGUGAUGCACUACUUGCGUAUUGCAAGUUCAAAAUACUAGAGGAUAUGACAACCACUGAUAAUAGUUUACAUAUCAAUAAUGUCGCAAUAUCCUACAGUAGUAGUGAUUGGAAGACAGCUCAAGAUUGGGAUUUAGUUUAUGUGAACGUGGAUAGCUAG